GGAUCUGAAGGCCCCUUUGAGGGAAAAGGAGGUUUGAAGACGAGCCGCGGGCAGUGGGACUCCCUCAGAUAGUUUCUCUGCUCAGCACAGCGGUACACUAACUUUUUCAACUCUUAACACACGUUCACAGCAGAGCUGGGGUAUACUUUGAUAUCUUUAAAAGGCAAACUAAAGGACAUUUUAUGCUUUUUUUCUUUAUUUUUUUGGUGAGAAGCGGUUUUGAGGUCUGGGUCAGAGUUACCGCCUGGUUGAUGAUAUUUCCAGCGGGCGGCCGUGCAUCCUGUCCGGGAAGAGUUUUUGCAGUAACACCGUGGAGACUUUACAUCAAAAACCAAAAACCUGAGGACUCUUUAAGGAACUUGCAAACUGGAAGUAUUACACUCUUUGCGCAAUCUGCGUUUUACUCGCCGGGAGUUUUGCAACUUUUUUUUUUUUUUAAACCAGAAAUGGUUGGCAGAUUAAACUUGCCAAAUGUAUGUGAAGGAGAUCCACUGGAUAUGAUGAGCUGCAGGGCUGAGAGAGGACUUGACAGCCCGGACUCUGGGUUGCCCCCGAGCCCGAGCCCCAGCGCCUGGCUGCUGCCUGUGUGUGCGGAGAAAGCCGGGGUCGUGAGCCCGGUGUCUGAAGACGAGGGAAGGGGCUCCCUGGUUCCAGUUUUACCCACAGCAGGAUCUUUCCAGCAGCUACACCCAUUGUCCUUUGGGGAAGGCAUAGCGUUUGAUCCAUUACCGCCAAAGGAAAUAAGAUACACCUCAUCCGUGCACUACGACUCGGACCGUCACUUCAUCCAAAGCGUGUCCCUGCAGCCAUGGGGCCAAGGCCUUGAACACUGCACGCAGACCAUCAUGGCUGUGCCCCAAAGUACCUGGCGCCACUACAAGACACAACUGGAGUUCCGGCCUCGCCAUCGGCUGCAGCACUUCAAGAGCACCACCAUCGUCUACCCCAAGAAAACCAGCGCCGUCUACACCACAGAGCUGAGCUACGACUGCCGCCGACUAUCCCGACGUUUCCUCUCCAGUGUGGAGCUGGAGGCUGCUGGUCGCAGAGAGCUACCUCAGUGAGGGUGGGAGGGGGACUCAGGUGGCUGUGGGGGACACAUAAUGGUGGUUAUCCCCACGGUCCCUAUACUGUAGCACCCCCAAGGCUGGCUGCCAUUGACCUGCUGUGUUGUCUUUUUAUUCUUUUGUAGCCUUUUAUCCAUCCCCUUUCCAAGCUGUGGACAAGAAGCAUCUGUGCUGCAAUGUUACAGAUAUCAGAGAGACAUGGAUAAAAUGUGUGAAAUAUCCAUUCAGUCCAUGUCUUGAUAUGUUUAUAUCGCUGCCAUGUAUCCUAAUCAGGAAUGGAUAUUUCAUUUAAACGCUUCAAUUUGCAGCGUGUUGGUUUCUAGAGGCAUGCUCAUAUUUGAUUUUAGCGGCUGUAGGACUGACUCAUAUGGACAGAGAUGAGAAGACUCAUUUGCCCUUAGCAAAGUCACCGUCUUCGUGUCGCACCAGAUUGGUCGAGUGAUUUUUAAACGACGAGGCCUGCCUCGGUUCAGAGACUUGGUGAUCCUAGAAAAGAGUGCGUUUAGAACUGUAUGUGUGACUAGUGUGUGAGGGGAAAGAAAGGCAAUUAAAUGUGGUGCUUGAGUUUGGAUGCAUGCUAAGAAAUCACUAACUUAUCCACAAGGGUUGUGGUGGAAAUACUUAACACACGUUUUGUUUCUUCACAGGGUAUUGUGUUUUUUUUUUCUGCACAACAUUAGCACAAGCGACGCUCUUCUCCAGCCUUUUCCCUGGCCACUGUUUUAUGGCUGCGGAUCAUCAUGUAUUAUGUAAAUGUUGGUAGAUUUAAGGAAACUCGUGUAAGCUUAAACAAACUGAUUAAGUAAGUAGUAUAGAUGAGUCAUGAGUGCGUGUGUGUGGAGUUUACUGAGAAGUGGAUAGUGUUUUUGAUAUCUCUCACUGGCCUACUAGUGAAAAUAACAAGCUGCAUUCCACUGCUAUCACUUUCUUUGGCUUGACUUGGUUUGAAAUUGUAUUUAUUCUGUUGGAAGUUUUAGGAUCUGAGAUUUUAUCAGCUGAUUAACGGGUCUCUCCGAAGUCACAGCUAAUAAUAUUUUUACGAUGCCCCUUUGUGCCUUAUCGAUGUAUCUGUUGAUGCUUCUUUUUGAUAUUAGUCCCUUAUUCAGUGCCAGUUUGAAAUAAAGUGUUCAUUAGUUCAACGAUUGUGUAUUUUAUAA